AUGUGGGCUGGUGAGCGCUGUGAGUUCCGCGUUGGACAUGGGGGAUCCAAGAGCCAGGCCGAUAUCAACUUCAUCCUCACUUGCCUCUUUGCUUCACUCACUAUUUUGUGCGCCUGUCUUGUCAUUCAUCUAUACUUCAAGAACCGGAAACAGGCUCCGGAUCCGCUUUUGAUCCCGCUUGAUCAGCAACUUCCAAUGUCUUCAUCGAAAUAA